AAGUAUUUAUAAUAACUUGGGAGGAAAGGUGUCAUCGCAUCAGCAGUAAGGAGGACAAGUUAGUAGCGAUGAACCCCAUGAAUCUUAGCCGACGCAGAUCUCCCCUUGCCCUUCCCUUUAAUAAACUCCAUUCUCGCUCUUCCCUCAGAAAUCAUCUACAGAGACGAAAGUCCAAAAACAUUCGGAAGCGCAUGAAAAGACUACGAUCAGAUAUGCAAGAAAUAAGUAGGGAACAAGGGAAGAUCAAAGAAGGGCAAAGACAAGUACGAGAAAAAUUUGAAGCCGUUGAAUCCGAAUGCGAAUUGCUUCGGAAGGAGACUAACAUCAUAAUGCAGCAGAGUAUGAGCACACAACUCCGCCUUGCUUUCAUGUUCCAAAUCUUGAAAGCAAGAGAAAACCACGACCUCGACCAGGCUGCCAAACUCACUUCCGCUCUUCGGGAGCUGAUAGCGAGAGAGAAUCAGCAAAAGGAAACUAUGUGAUUAAGAAGAGCUGCUGUUUGUAUCUUAGCAUUAAUAUAUUAUAUGUUGGUGAGAGUGAUCAACCACGGUGCUUCUAUUCUUCUGGUCUUCAUCUUUUAUGCAGUGUUUGCUGUGUGGUGUUAUCUCGGUUCUUUGUGUUUGUUUAGCAGUUGUAUUCUUAAUUGUACCCUCAUGUUUUGCUUGAUCAUCUUUUCUAUCAAUAAAAUUUGCUUAGACUUCCCAUUA